AUGGAUGACAUGAGAUCCUUUUCUCCAAGGCUAUUUGAUUGGCUUAUUCAUCAUGGGGAUGUAGAUAGGUGGGCUAAAAGUAGGUUCCCAUAUAAAAGAUGGGACAAUAUUACAACCAAUAUAGCAGAAUCAUUCAAUGCAUGGAUGGUGAAUGAGAGAAAGCAUACUGUACCCCAAUUGAUCUAUGAGCACCGAGAUAAAGUUGCAAGAAAGCUGCAUGCCUCCUAUGUGGGUAUGACCAAAUGGAAGAAUUGCGUUGGUCCAAAUAUAGAGAGUAAGGUGCUGGAUAUGGUGGCUGGGUCUGACCAUAUGUAUGCUGAAAAUUAUGGUGGGGGAAGAGUGAAGGUGACAACAUCACGUGGAGACCAUCGGGUUGAUCUUGGACUACACCAAUGCAGUUGCAGAUCUUGGCAAAUGACGGGGAUCCCUUGUUCCCAUGCUUGUGCUGCCAUCAAGAUUGUGCACGGCAAUGUUUAUGAUUAUAUUGAUAAUUGCUAUAAAAAGUCAUCACAAGAAAAGAUCUAUGCUCGCAGUAUGAUUCCUGUGGUAACAACAGACAUGCCUCACCCAAAUGACUACUAUAGAAUAGAAAAUGUCAGUGAGCAAGUUUUCUUGCUACCUCCCAUGACAUCCCGACCACCAGGAAGGCCAAAAGUAAACAGGGAUGAAUCACAGUUCCAGAACAAACGGAUAUACCACUGUGGAAGAUGCCACCAGCCUGGACACACAAGGAGGAAUUGCAGAAAUCCUAACCCAUCAUGA